AUGGGUAACCGAGGAGCACGACGAAACCAAGCUGCAUAUGGUGGAGAUCCAUACUUAAAUCAAUACGGAACUGGAUAUGGUUAUGGUGCUCAACCAGGACUUGCCGGUUACGGUCCAUACACAGGAUAUGGUGGUCGACAAGCAGGUGUCAUCACUACCCCGGGAACCAUUGUGCAAGAGCCAUGGGCAGUAACACAAUGGACUGAAUAUUACAUUCCAACAGUGGCUGGUCGUCAAAAACGACCAGUUAUCUACAUUGCUGCACCAUUACCAGCAGCCAACCCGUGUGGUGGCUUUGGUGGUGGUCUUCCUUUGGGAGGUGGCUUCGGCGGCGGCCUUCCAUUAGGAGGCGGUUUCGGUGGAGGCCUUCCAAUUGGAGGCGGCUUCGGUGGCGGCCUUCCAAUUGGAGGCGGCUUCGGUGGCGGUCUUCCACUAGGAGGUGGUUUCGGUGGAGGUCUUCCUAUGGGAGGCGGUUUCGGAGGAGGCCUUCCGAUGGGAGGCGGCUUCGGUGGAGGUCUUCCACUAGGAGGCGGCUUCGGUGGAGGUCUUCCAAUGGGCGGUGGAUUCGGUUCUAAUCUUGGUUAUCAAGCCUUGCCGAUGAUGACUGUCGCCUAUGGCGGUGGUAUUCCGGGUGUUCCAGCACUUGGUGGUGGUCUGGGUGGAGGUCUUGGUGGAGGUCUUGGAGGACUCGGUGGAUUGAGCGGACUAGGAGGAUUAGGUGGUGGUUUACCUCUCUAUUAA